AUGGUUGUCAUCAACAAGGUUCUCCCCGCCCUGGCUGGCCUCGCUGCCCUUGCCUCUGCUGCGCCCACCACUGGCAAAUACUCUAUUAAGCAGGUCGCUCGUCCGGCUACCAAGACCACCAGCUUCGCCGCUCAGUAUGCUCGUGCUCUUUCUAAGUUCGGCGCUACCGUUCCUUCUCACGUCCGAGAGGCUGUAGCAAGUGGCGUCGCUACCAACGAGCCUACAACCGAUGACGAGGAGUAUCUCACUCCCGUUGAUGUUGGUGGCACUACUUUGCAACUUGACUUCGACACUGGCUCAUCCGAUCUUUGGGUGUUCUCCACUGAGCUUCCUUCAUCUGAGCAGUCAGGUCACGAUGUCUAUAACCCCAGCAAGAGUGGCAAGGUCCUCUCCGGCGCCACUUGGGAUAUCUCAUACGGUGACGGCAGCUCUGCCAGCGGUAACGUCUACACAGACGACGUCACUGUCGGAGGAGUCACUGUGAGUGGCCAAGCCGUUGAGGCUGCUAAGAAGAUUAGCUCCGAGUUUGUCCAAGACACCAACGAUGGACUGCUUGGUCUGGCCUUUGACUCCAUCAACACGGUCUCUCCCACUCCCCAGAAGACUUGGUUCUCCAACGCCCAGUCCCAGCUGGCUAAGCCCAUCUUCGGUGUUGCACUGAAGCACAACGCCCCCGGUGUCUAUGACUUCGGCUUUGCCGACUCCUCCAAGUACACUGGUGAUCUCACCUACACUGAUGUCGACAACUCUCAGGGUUUCUGGAGUUUCUCCGUUGAUGGCUGGAGCGCUGGUAGCGCCUCCGGCGAGGGCUUCGAUGGCAUUGCUGACACUGGCACCACUCUUCUCCUUCUCGAUGACUCCCUUGUUGACGACUACUACAAGGAGGUUGAUGGUGCUUCCUACAGCAACACCCAGGGUGGUUAUGUCUUUGACUGCUCUGCUGACCUCCCUGACUUCAGUGUUACCAUCGGCAGCUACACUGCUACUGUUUCCGGAGACUUGAUCAACUACGCUAGCGUUAGUAGCAGCCAGUGCAUUGGUGGUAUUCAGUCCAACUCAGGUAUUGGUUUCUCCAUCUUCGGUGAUAUCUUCCUCAAGAGUCAGUAUGUCGUGUUCGAUGCCAGUGGACCUCAGCUUGGCUUCGCUCCCCAGGCGUAA